AGUACCAGUUAUUUAUUUAGCUAAUUCAAAGUGUCACUUUUUUUUAUUUGUUUGUUACAGUUUAAUUUCACCAGCUCUCCGGCCCCUUAUAUAUAUAACCUUCUUCCACAACCCAUUUUUCUCAACCUAAAACACACACACACACACACAGUUACACACACUAAUUAGUGAGAAAAUGGGUACACAUGAUUUCAACAAAAGCUCCAUCUACUCAGAAGAAACCAAAGAAUCACUCGAAAACGGCGGUGCAAGCAAGACUUUCGACGACGACGGCCGUCUCAAAAGAACCGGGACGCUUGUGACGGCGAGUGCGCACAUAAUAACGGCGGUGAUAGGGUCGGGAGUGCUGUCGCUAGCGUGGGCCAUAGCGCAGCUGGGUUGGGUGGCCGGCCCCGCCGUACUGGCCGCGUUUUCAUUCAUCACGUACUUCACCUCCACCCUUCUCGCCGACUCUUACCGCUCCCCCGGCCCCCUCCACGGCACCCGAAACUAUACUUACAUGGAUGUAGUUCGUUCUCACUUAGGAGGCUACAAAGUUCAGCUAUGCGGAAUUGCACAGUACGGCAAUCUUGUUGGUGUUACAAUUGGAUACACAAUAACCGCCUCUAUCAGCAUGGUGGCUGUGAAGAGGUCGAAUUGUUUCCACAUCCACGGGCACGAAGACAAGUGUUCGAUAUCGAAUAUUCCGUUUAUGAUAAUAUUCGCAGCAAUUCAAAUAAUUUUGAGCCAAAUACCGAACUUCCAUAAGCUUUCAUGGCUCUCCAUUGUGGCUGCAGUUAUGUCUUUUGCUUAUUCCUCAAUUGGCCUUGGUCUAUCUAUAGCCAAGGUUGCAGGUGGUGGGCAUGCGAGGACAAGCCUAACGGGAACGACGGUAGGUGUCGAUGUAUCGGGUUCGGAUAAGGUGUGGAGAAGCUUUCAAUCAAUUGGAGAUAUUGCAUUUGCUUAUGCUUACUCAACUGUGCUUAUUGAAAUUCAGGACACGUUGAAGUCGAAUCCGUCGGAAAGUAAGGUGAUGAAGAAGGCAUCGUUAGUUGGAGUUUCAACGACGACGGUAUUCUAUGUACUAUGCGGUUGCGUUGGAUACGCCGCGUUUGGAAACGACGCGCCGGGAAAUUUCCUAACCGGUUUCGGUUUUUACGAGCCCUUUUGGUUGAUUGACUUUGCCAAUAUCUGCAUUGCGGUCCACUUAGUUGGCGCUUACCAGGUGUUUGCGCAGCCGAUAUUCGGUUUCGUGGAGAAACGGUGCACCGAGAAAUGGCCAGGAAGCCGUUUCAUCACAGGCGAGCACUCGAUCAACCUUCCACUAAUCGACAAACCUGCUUUCACAAUCAAUUUCUUCCGGCUCGCAUGGAGAACUGCGUACGUGAUUCUGACAUCGCUAAUAGCGAUGAUAUUCCCGUUUUUCAACGGGUUUUUGGGAUUAAUCGGAGCGGCAUCUUUCUACCCUUUGACGGUGUACUUCCCGAUAGAAAUGCACAUAGCGCAGGCGAAAAUACGAAAGUAUUCAUUCACAUGGACUUGGCUCAAAAUACUCAGCUGGGCUUGUCUCGUCGUAUCGUUGAUCGCGGCUGCCGGUUCCAUACAAGGCCUGGCUUAUGAUGUCAAGAAAUACAAGCCCUUCAAAACUUAGUAUUUGUUUCAAUUAUAUUAUUUUUUCUAA